CGAAUGUCAGACGCUACACAGGGAGGGUUACUGCAUACUGCAUAGUGCUUACUGGGUUAGGUUAGAGACUUUUGGUGGGAGAAAAAGAAAAGGAAUUAGGGUUUUCGGUUUCACUGCUUCACCAUCUUGUCUUCUCUUCGUGAUCGUGACCCACCACCCAACACCGCCACCGCCCCGGCGCGUCUGCCACCGCGAUCGCCACCACCCUUUUUUUUAAAAAAAAUUUUAAAAUUAAGUUAGCCAGCCCGUUUAACCCACCAGUCCGUGGUGGACCGGGCCGGGCCCAAUUUUUGUAUGCCCGAACCUGAUUCAAAGUUUGGAUCUUUGAAUUUGAGGCAAAAAUGAGAGUGAUUCAGAAGUUUUUCGUUACAUCACUGUUCAUGUGGGCCAUCCCUAUUGCAAUAUUGUAUGCAUUUAACAAUAAUAUGCUUCCUGGAGCAACUAAUUUGUCCCCUUACUCUGUGACACUAGUGAGCGGGUUUCUUGCUGUCAUAUCUGUUAAUGUAGUCAUAGCAUUUUACAUAUAUUUGGCAAUGAGAGAGCCUGCAGAUAAACAUGAGCCUGAUCCUAAAUUUCUUGCUGAGGCCAAAGCUAGCAUCAACCAGUCAACAGGGGAUGCUCAAAAAUCUUCCCAGCCUCUCAAGAAAGAACAAUAGAUGGUGUUUUAAGACCAGAUGGUGUUUUAAGACCUCUUUGUUGUUGUAGCCACAAGCUGUUCAUCUUGUGGAAGAGGGGGAACAAUGGGGAUGAAGGGAGAAGGUCCUGAAUCGUGUGCCCAUCAUGCUUCUGUUAUCAAUUUUGCACAUUUAUGUUUUCCUGUGUUAGUUCCAUAGAAUUUUAUUUUAUUUGUAUACACACACGGUUACUUUCUGUUAAGAAUAUGUUUUAGACA